CCCCAACUGUUACAUUCUUACCAUAUUUAUGAUGGUGAGUGCAUCCAUGGAGUAGUUCUGCCUAUAAAAGACCGAUUCAUAGAGGAGGAUAGGACACACCAAACAAGUGAUCAUUUUUUCCUCUUAUGGGUUGACAUAGAAAUCCGCCAAAUCUAUAUGUGUGAAGUCAAAUAGACCAUGUUCAAGAGCAUUUUCUUGCAAACCAUAUUUGUCUCAAUAUUUUCCCUUUUUCUUUGAUUGACUCUUGGUAAAGGUCAAUGAGAUGUUUUAACGCACGACGGAUCAGUGACCCUUCCCUCUACAACGAUAACAAGUAUUCUCAUAAUGUUUAUUGCCACCUUGCCUCUUCACAACUUUAUUAUCAUUUUUCCACUUCUAGUGGAGUGUACUUUUGGAACUACCACCAUGUUCAUAUGUGCCAUUGGAAAUAUUAUCAUGUGCAAAUCCACACAUGGGAUAAGGAUUACCGUUGCGUGCAUAUCCACGACGUUGACUAGUUUGACCACGACCACGAGGUCGAUACAUGUUAAAUGCGUUGUAGUCACUUCUGGGAAUGCAGUAGCACCAGUUGGCCAAGAUCCAUGAUUCCUCAUUAGGAGUUCAUUAUUCUGUUACGCUACUAAAAUAAAUGAAAUUAGUUCGGAGUACAUUUUAAAACCUCUUUCACGAUAUUGCUGCUGCAGGAGCCCAUUCGAUGCAUGAAAUGUGGAAUAUUUCUUUUCUAGUAUAUAUGCAUAGUGUAGUUCUCGCCACACAAUUUCAGUUGGGAAGUAACCCUGAAGAGUGCAUAAUUAUAUUCAUUUACAGCCUUAAACUCUUGUAACCGUAAGUGCAUCAAAUCACAUCGAACUUUCAGAAGAAUCACAAUCCUUUGGUGGUUUUAUCUUUAUUUCGAAUUGUUCCAAAGAUCAAUUGGAUUUCACCGUAAGGUAUUCAACCUUCAAUCCCUCAUGGACCUGGUGGUGUGGAAAGAUCAUUGCUUUUGUCUUAUCUUGACUUGAGACUUAUUUUCCUUUUUUGAUAGUAUCACCGAGACCCUUUGCAUCUUGAUAGAUUUCACAUCCAAUAUCCAAGAUAGAUAAUUCUUCCCGAUGAUGUCAAGUGCCACAAACUCAAGUUUUUUUAUAAAUGUGACAUUUUCAACUACAUCAUAACAAUAACAUUUGAUUAGAAAGAACAUGGGGAACUUGAUUUUGUCUGGGUAGUUAACACAAACAUCAACAAAAGGGCAAUGGUCAGUUUACAAUAAAAUAUGAGGGUUACAGUUGGAAGAAAAAGUUACUAAACAUGAAAAUGUGAAAUGCAGGGGGUGUCGUUUUUCAAUUCUAACAUAUGUGGGAAUGUGGCCCAAAUUCCAUGCCUCAAUUACCAUACUCCUUUGACCCAUCCAAACAUAGGAAUUUAGUCCAAUUGUUACAUUGUGGGGGAAUUUAUCCUAGUUCCCUCAUUAAUUUACUGCAUCCAAAUGAAUCUUUAAAUAUGAUAAACAUAACUUUUGAAAAAACAAUAAGGAGAGUCAAAUGAAUACAUAUCAAUUACGCACUGAUAUUAUUGGUUGUUGCUCCUUCCUGAUUGCCUCCAUAGAAAAUAGAGGACGACAGAGAUUUGUUUACAAUUCUAUUGGCCUGCUGUGGACUUAGGGGUCGUUUGGAAGUUGCGAUUGUUUAUUUGAAAUUGUUACUAUAUUUGUAUUGUUUAGAAUGCAUCAUUUUUCUGUUUUUUUAGCUGACAGAAUACAUGGAUUGUUUAUGUGAUGUGACAGAAACUAUCACUCAAAAUGAGUGUUUGUUAUAUCUCAGAUUCUAGCUGAGAUUGUCGAGAUAGCUGAGUUGAAAUUGUUUUAUCUCACCUUUUAGAUGAUGUGGCAUACACAAUCACACAUACCAAAUUUGAUUGUUAUAAAGCAUCAAAUUCAUCAAUACAAGUAUAAUAUUAUACAUGCAUUCACAACAAUAAAUGUAUUUAUGACCCCGUUACUAUGUUAAUUUUGAGUUAUGAUGCCAAUUGUCCUUCAAUAAUUUUUCUUGUGCGUCCAUCACCCUCGAAGAUUAGUGGAUGACUCAAGAUGUUAAAUUCGCAAGAACCUCGCAUCACAUAUGUCCAAACUCUCCACUUCUCCAAAGGAAGCAGAGCUUAGAAGCAGGUCGUCCAUAGAUCGUUGAUGUUUUUUUGGCUUGUUACCUGCGAGAGUGAGGUGGGAAAGUUUUGGAGCUCCGGCGGGAGUUUGGUUUUAGUUUUGCGGAGGGUAGUUGGAAAGUUUAAAAAAUUAAUAUUAUUUUUUUGUUUGACAUGUGAGUCAUUUAGCGGGUAAAGGAUACAUUGUAUAACAUAUGGUGCAUAACUUGCAUUACAAAAUAUGGACACUUCAUUUUAAGUUGAUCCGAGAUCUAAGUGACAAAGUCUAAAUUCAGAUUGCAGAAGGACUCGAGAAGAAGAAGAACGAAGAAGAAGAAACAAGACAGAAACGUAUGAAGUGCAUAAAUGUUUCCUUAGAUGCAAGAGCUAUUUUACUUAUACUGUAUCAUUUUAUUAUUAGUCAUUAGUGAGAUUGGUUAGCUGUUAUAAACACUAUUUAGACUU